AUGAAGGCAUUUGACAUACUGUCGCUGACCUUCGGAUACUUCCUUGUUGGACUUACAUACGGUUCUGGGCCACAUUUCAUUGGGCCAUCGUUGGUCGAAGCCGCCGACACCGCCCAAAACAUCAAACGAGACAGCGGGAACGCAACUGCAGUUCCUAGCACUCUAACGCUCAAAACGAGCAUUGGAAAGUGCUGGAUUCAGGGGCAAGGGGGCCUCAAUGUUGCACUCGAUGUCGAUGGACACGCUCCUGCUGCAGAAAGCGGACUUCCGACUGUUACUCUAUGUGCCUCGAUUGGCACAAAAGCCUUGAACUUUGACUGUUCAGGCUACAACGUCGAUACAGGUGCACCUCAAACUGUAAACGGAGCUCAAUGCUCUGCCUGGACUUUGAGAGAUGAUCAACCCAACUCUGGGUGUGUUUUCAAAGUCUCUGCUGUUGAUGGUUCUGCUAUAGAUGAUUGCUCUCAAAUCACUCUCUCUGGUUCCGCGACAGUAAACAACACUCCAGUGACAUUGUUUAUUAAUGGAAAUACAGCAGAGAAACCAGUGAUUGCUGCUGGCACAAAUACUCAACCUAGUCCAGCUGCGUCUCCAAGCAAUCAGCCACCUGCUACUGGUGCUACUGGUGCUGGAGGGACUCCGAUUCCGAAGGAAGUGACUCUAAAUGGAACGUUCACGAAGUGUUGGGGAACAGGCAUUGGAGGUUUCGGUGCCCAGCUAGCUGUUGACGGAAAAGGACCAGCGCAUGAAGAUGGACUUCCAACCCUCGCUUUGUGUGCGUCAGUCGGUGGACGAGUAUUGAACUUUGAUUGUAAGGGCUGGAAUGUAGAUACUCUGACACCUGUGACAUUGAAUGGAGGCAAAUGUGCGGUAUGGUCGCUCCUAGAUGAUCAGCCGAAUUCAGGCUGUGGUUUCACGGUUUCAGCCGUUGAUGGAGCACCUAUAGACGAUUGUAGCCAAAUCACUCUCUCUGGUUCGGCAUCAGUAAAUAACCAGCCAGUCACUCUAGUCAUCAAUGGCCAAGCAACGAAAGCCAUUGGUGUUGCUGCUCUUACUGCCCAAGCUUCUGCCCCUGCUGGCGGUAACGCCCAACCAUCUCCAGACUCUUCACCACAGCCUGCUGCUUCAAUGACAGCACCACCAGGUCCUCCUGUACCACAAACCACUGGUGCUCCUGCUGGUGGUGGCAGUACCACUGUUUCUCUUCCAUUACAGCCUGUGGACAGAUGCAACCCUGGUGGUGACAAUCACAAUGGGAGUACGAAGCGUCUAGGCUUUCACGAUGUUCGAAUCAAUGGUCAUCAACCUAUGGAUGACGACUCUACUGAAGGACUACCUACAAUAACUUGUAGUUUCAGUCUCCCCAUCCUCUCUCUCAAUGGGGAAGGCUCAGCUAUGAGCAACCCGUCUGUAUCCAAUGGCCAACUGACUUACACCAUGACCGAUGAUGGACCAAAUCAAGUCUGGGUGGGUAACUUUGAUACACCAUGCGAUACCCAGACAGGACAAGAGGCCACGCCUAUAAAGAUUACAACGUGUACUUGCACGACGAAAGCUGGUACCUGCACAGCUACUGUUGGAGGGUAG